CUCCUCUCAUGGCUCGAUUACUCUCGCCAGUCCCGGGCUGAGCUAGUGAGGUGGGGGAGGUGAAAAUUGACACUCGGCGAGGAAAUGAAACUCAGCCAGCAAUUGACGCCGCCUGCAAUGCUGAUUCUGGACUCUGAGUGACGGGGAGAGAGGCCAGAGGCGUGGUCGGGCGUGAGCGGGCAGCACUCUAAACACCCAUCACCACAAACCCCAGUGUCACCCUCCUGUCGCAACACCACCACCACCACCGACACCACUACUGCUGCUGCUGGCCUUCCCCCGCCCCUCCCCCCCGCGCCUCCCCGCCCUCCCCACCGCUGGCUGUCCCGCCUCACCUCUCGCUCGCCACGCCUCACCACAAGAAGCGCCAUCCAAGGGCAGGGGCGGCACGGUGGGGCGGGAGGGCAGGAACGAUAGUGGCAGCGGGAGCAGCAGCAGCAGCAGCGGGGUCGGCGGCGGCGGCGGCGACACAGAUCUCGACGGGUGUCACGGUAGAGAGGAACACGACGGAGGAGACGACAAGGCACCGUCAUGGCGGGGAAGAACGAGGAGGUGCUGAAGGAGGCGUUCAUGACGAAGAGGUCACAGAACAAACGCUCCUUCACGCCCACCAACUGGAAGGAGCGCUGGUUCGUGCUUUCGCCCGAAAACCUCAUUUACUACGAUGGAGACAGACAGAGUGGUCGGCGGAAGGAGCGUGGCCGUGUGGAGCUGAGUCGCGUGGUGGCGGUGGAGUGCGUCAACAGCCUCGUGUUCCAGCGGGAUUUCGUGUUCCAGCUGUGCUACCUCUCCGAAGAAAAGGAACAGUACGUGCUCUACAUCGCCGCCGUCAACGGACCGGAGCGGGACCAGUGGCUCGACUACCUGAGGCGAUUGGUGGCGGACAACGACUGUCUGUCCGAGUGGUAUCACGAGGGGGCCUUCAUCAGGAACCAGUGGUCGUGCUGUAAGGGUGGCAAGGACGUAGCCGCCUGCACCGCCGUCACCUGGACCAUCAACCACAACAACAACCCACCAGGUAAGUCCCAAACCCUUCCUCCACACCUGUCAACCUUGUCACCUUCGGAUCUCCAACAGGUAGGUGGUGAAAGAGUUGCGUUUCGAGUGUUUUGUUUGUGGUUGUGGGAUUUAAAACGUUCUCACCUAUUUGUGUCAUUAGUGGAUUGAGUGUGGGUGUGGGUGUGUAAGCAUUUGUCUUUUCAUUAUAAAUAUUUUCAGUUUGAUGCGUCGUAAAGUUGAAAACAAAAUAUCGUAUGCAGUUCACGUGGGAAAAGGAAAGGGGAAAAAUUUUGUGGGUGUUAUAAAAGGUUAGGAACUUGUGCGAGUGAAAAAUGAAAAAAAAGUUAGACUGAGAAAGGGAAAACUUGUAUUGGAGCGAGAAAAGAAGAAAAAAAAAUGUGACAGAGCAAGAAAAGGUAAAAAAAAUGUGUGGGAGCGAGAAAAAGGGGAAAAAAAUAAUAUGGGAACAGUAAAAUGGAAAAAAAGUACUGUAGAUGUGAGGCAAGAUUGAAAACAAGCGUGUGGGAGGAAGAAAAGGAGUAAAAAAACUGUGACGGAGCAAGAAAGAGAACGUGAAAAUUUGUGUGGACAGAAGAAAUGUGGGAGCGAGAAAAU